AUGAGAAGAUUUAUACAUACUACUGUAAGAAGAAAUUCUGCCCAGACUACACUUAAGGAUACCUUAAAAAAAUUAGUACCCCAACGUAGAAUUGAAUUUCAAAAAUUGAGACAAGAAUUACAAAAUGUUCAGUUACCUAACAAUGAAUUGACCGUAGGAUCUAUAUUAGGGGGCAUGAGAGGAUGUCAAUUAUUAUAUUGGCAAUCAUCCACACUGGAUCCAAUCAAAGGCAUCAAGUUUUGGGGAUAUACAAUUCAAGAAUGUCAGGAAUUGUUGCCAGGUCCUGAAGAUUCUUCCAACAUUUUCUAUCCAGAAGCUAUGUUUUGGCUAUUAUUAACCGGUGAAAUUCCAACUAAAAAACAAGUUAAUAGUUUGAUACAACAAUGGAAUACUAUUGUUAUUUCUAACUCUUCUGUUGAGACGUCUUAUUUACCUGAAGAGGUUAAUAGUAUUAUGAACUCAUUACCUGCAACCAUGCAUCCAAUGACCCAAUUUUCCAUUGGUGUGGGAACAUUAAGUUACUUUUCAAAAUUUAGGGAUAAUUAUUCUCGUGGAGUUAAUAACAAAUUGACAAUGUGGGAAGAUGCUUUUGAUGAUGUCAUGACCUUAAUUGCCUUUUUACCAUCCCUAGCAAGCAAGAUUUAUCGUGGAAUUACAAAUCAAUGUAACAAAAAAAGAAAUGACACAAAAGAAAUUACCAAUUUGAUAAGACUGUAUACUGGUUUGCAUGUAGACCACGAAGGCGGUAAUGUAUCAGCACACACAACACAUUUAGUUGGAUCUGCAUUGAGUGAUCCAAUGUUAAGUUACUCGGCUGGUUUAUUGGGGUUAGCAGGUCCGUUGCAUGGAUUAGCAGCUCAAGAUGUAGUUAAGUUUUUGUUACAGACCCAAAAACAAGUAGAAAACACAAAAGAUGAAACCCAAGUAGAAGAUUAUUUAUGGUCUGUUUUAAACAACCAUCAUGUUAUUCCCGGCUACGGUCAUGCUGUAUUAAGACGUGAAGAUCCUCGUUUUUCUGCUAUGCUUGAUUUUGUUAAUCAAAGAAGCGAACAAUUUAAGGAUGAUCCAAACGUAAAUUUAAUGUUGUUAUUGUCUAGAGUUGCGCCUCGGGUUUUAGGGGAGUGGGGAAAAUGUAAAAAUCCACACCCCAACGUUGACAGUGCCUCCGGAGUUUUAUUUUAUCAUUAUGGGAUGAAGGAAUUAGAUUUUAUAACUGUCAUCUUUGGUUGUUCAAGGGCCAUGGGUCCCUGUGCACAGUUAGUUUGGGAUAGGAUAUAUGGGUUGCCUAUUGAAAGACCAAAGAGCGUUGACUUCAAUUACUUGAAAAAAUUUUCAAAACUUUGA